GCCUGUUCCACCUGUUAUGCAUGCGCAUCAGGAGCAGGUAAAGUAUCACAAAUCCAUCUCCUGUUCUGCACACAGCUGAUAAGCCGCCAUGAACACACGCCGCAGACUUCGCCUGACUUUUCUUUGACAGGAAACAGCUUCUGGCUUUACCAGACAGAACGACACCAUUUACCUUCAUCUACCGGAUCUAACACACUCACACACACACACACACACAUACUAACACACUCAGUGAGACCUCCAGCUUCUUCUGAGGGCACAGCCCCCUGGGCACUCAGUGGUCAGUUCUGUUUGAUCUGUGCAGGCUGUUAUUCAUGCUGCGCUAACCCCGGUGUGCUAACCAAGUGCGCUAACCGGUCGGAUGACCAGUCUGAAGGAGGACGCUGCUGCUCAGAUGGAGGGUUGCUGUGUGGACGCGUGGGAUGGCGGGUUGGAGCGGCGUGCGUCGGUGAGCGAGGAGGACCUGUGCUGCCCGGUGUGCCGCGAGCUGUUCCACGACCCCGUGUGUCUCGGCUGCUCCCACAGCGUGUGCCGCGACUGCCUGCGCCUCUUCUGGACAAAGGCCGCCCGCUGCGAGUGCCCCGUGUGCCGCACCCUGUGCCCCGCUCACGAGCCGCCCGCCAACCUGGUGCUGCGGAACCUGUGCCAGCGGGCCGCGCUGCUGCAGAGAGGCCCACGCAGGCCCUCAGGCCAGGGGCUCGCCUGCACCAGCGGCCCAACCAGGAAGCCUCUGUCUAGGGUGGCCACACUGGCCAGCCCCCUGCAGUGCAGCCUCCACGGGAGGGACGUCAGCCUCUACUGCGUGGAGGAGCGCCUGACAGUGUGUGUGGAGUGUGUGGACGCAAACACACACAGCACACACACCUUGCAGCCGGUGUGUGAGGCAGCACAAGACCUCAGGGAGGACCUGAAGAGGAAGUUGCAGCCUGUGAGGGACAAACUGGAGUCCUUCCAGAGGGCCAGGCUCACCUGUGACCAAACCACUCAACAUAUCCAGAGCCAGGCCCAGCGCACGGAGAGGUCAAUCAGGGCCGAGUUCGACAGACUUCACCGGCUCCUACGGGACGAGGAGGUCGCCAGGGUGGACAGCCUCCGAGAGGAGGAGGAGGAGAAGACUCGCAAGAUGAAGAGGAAGAUCGAUGAGAUUGACGUAGAGAUCGCCCAUCUCGAAGAUCUGGUGUCGGCCAUAGAGAGAGAGCUCACGACAGAGGAUGUUUUAUUUCUGCAGAAGUACAAGAACACUGUGAAGAGGACGCAGUGCGCCCUGCAGGACCCAGAGAGAGUUUCAGGAGCACUGAUCAACGUGUCCAGACACCUGAGCAACCUGCAGCCCACAGUCUGGGAGAAGAUCCAACAGACUCUGCAGUACACGCCGGUGACUCUGGACCCAAACACAGCCCAUCCGAGCCUCCAGGUGUCUGAGGACCUGCUGAGCGUGCGCUUCUGCGCACCGGCUCCGCACGCGUUCCCCGCCAACCCCGAGCGCUUCGAGUCCUUCCCCUGCGUGCUGGGCGCCCAGGGCAUCACCGGGGGCGACCACACCUGGGAGGUGGACGUCACAGGCAGCACCUUCUGGCACCUGGGCGUGACCACCGAGUCCAACCCGCGGGACGCCGACGCUGUGGACGGGCACGUGUGGCGCGUGUGGCACUACAGCGGGCAGUACAAGGCGCGGUUCUCCAGAGGGCCCCUGACCACGCUGAUGCUGUGCCAGCCUCCAGGCACAGUGAGGGUGCAGCUGGACUGGGCACGCGGGCGGCUGGAGUUCCACGACUCCGACAGACACCUCCUGCUGCACGCCUUCACACACAGGUUCACAGAGACGCUGCUCCCCUACUUCUUCAACAAGGGCUCCAGUCUGAGGAUACUGCCACAGCGCCGCCCUGUAGGAGACGGUCAGCACUGCAGCUCCCUCUGAGCUGUACAGGCAGUAACCACAGUCAGUCACAUCCUCACAUGACACACUCAAGCGUCUCCAGGGGCAGCUUAGACAUCACAGGCACACACACAGCCACACA